GUGGAGAGCUAAGGCCAGAGAGAGAGAGAGAGAGAGAGAGUCAGAGAGAUGUAGAGAUUGUUUUAAAAAGGCAUACCUGCACAGCUGCACCUGUUCAGCAGGUUGGGUUGGAUAAACUUUGCAGGUGGGGUCAACGGCACAAUGACUGAAGGAAGCCAAAAAAGGAUAAGUGACAAGCACACACAAGGAUUAAGAGAAGACUGUACAGAAAGAGAGAGAAAGGCACUGAGAAAAUCCUGGAAAUAUCCUGCACUUGUUUAUCUGACGCCGGAAAAGUCUUUCCUCUGAAAUUACUCCAGUCAGAACAGCUUAAACUGCAUGCCUAUGGCACUGGCUGCUGCCUUUCUGUCUGAAGACCAGUUCACCUGCUCCAUCUGUCUAGAGGUGUUUAACAACCCAGUUUCAACACCAUGUGGCCACAGCUUCUGCCAGGUCUGCAUUUCUUCCUACUGGGAUGGAGGAAGACAAGGAGGAGGAGGAGGAGCCAAAAUCUACCAGUGUCCCCUUUGCAAGGAGUCUUUCCGCAAACGACCAGAGCUUCAUAUCAACAGAACCCUGAAGGAAAUCACUGAACAGUUCAAGAACAUGGCCAACGCUAGAGUUCUCAUGGAUGGAAGAGGUGCAGCAGGAGUGGAGGAUCCCAACUGGCAUCCUCCGCCUCAACAUCAUCCGGCCCUGACUCUGCCCCAAAGGCUGGGGGAGAUGCCUGAGGGCAUCUUUGCCGAGAUGAUGACCCGUUUUCAGCGGCUGUCGACUCCCGGGGUAGCCCACGGCGCCAUCUCCCAUCCCAAUGACCCUCCCCCACAAAGCCCCGGUCCAGUCAAUGCUCACUUGUCUUUCAAGGCUCAAAACAGUCAGCACAAUGACCCACCUCCACCUUACUCGCCUCCCCGCAGGUAUACUCUGAGUGGGCCCAGUGACUCUUUGCCCAAUCUGCCUCUGUGUCCCACCCACUUGAGAGGUCUGGAAUUCUUUUGUCGUACUGAUAAUACCUGCGUUUGCAGCGUGUGCAUGGAGGCAGCAGAGCAUCGAGGACACAACGUCAUCCCUGCCAAGAGAGAGUGGCACAUCAAGAAGUCCCAGCUAGGUAUUUCAGAGGUGGAGCUGAAGGAUCUCAUUUGUGAGAGAGAGAGGAAAGUGGAAGAAAUACAAAACUCCUUGAGAGAGAUACAGGCAGCUGCUGAAGCAGAGGCAGAUGGAGCUGUUUGUGCUUUUUCCAAGGUGAUCUCCAGUAUGGAGCGAUGCCAAGCUGAAAUCUUGGAGAUGAUCGAGAUGAGUCGGAAAGCAGCUGAGCAUAGAGCUCAGAACCUGCUGAAAGAGCUGGAGCAGGAGAUAGCUGAGUUAAAAAAGCGGAGAACAGCACUGACACAGUUGGCUCUGACUGAAGACUAUGUACACUUUCUGAAGACGUUCCCCGCCCUGUCCACCCUUCCCCAAGCUAAGGAUUGGUCCAGUGCUUCUGUGGUGUCAGAGCUGUCCUCAGGGGUGAUUCUCAGAACUGUCAGUCACAUGAUGGAGCACUUUGAGGAAGAGAUGCGUAAACUGCAUGAAGUCUUAACAGGCCAGAGAUCCUCAUCAGACCAAUCUGUACCCAGGCCUAACCCAAAGGUAAGGAGGGUACAAGAAUAUGCAGCUGACAUCACUUUAGAUCCCCACACAGCCCACCCACGUCUCAUCAUCUCAGUCGAUGGGAAGCAGGUGCAAUGUGGUGACCGCCAUCAGCCACUACCAGACAAUCCGGAGCGCUUUGAUCGGGUGGUGUGUGUGCUGGCCCGGCAGGGCUUCAACUCAGGACGACAUUAUUGGGAGGUGGAGGUGGGAGAAAAGACUGACUGGGACAUAGGAGUGGCUAGUUGGUCUGUCAACCGAAAGGGCAAAAUCACUGUAAACCCUGCACAAGGCUACUGGUUCCUCAGCCUGCGUGAUCGGACCGAAUAUGCCUUCCGAACAGAACCCUCAACCAGCCUGACAGUCAACCCCAGGCCAUCCCGGAUUGGAAUCUAUGUGGACUGUGAUAAGGGAGUGGUGUCCUUCUACAAUGUGGAGGCCAGAGUGCUCAUCUAUACAUACACGGAUACAUUUUCUGAUACCAUCCAUCCAUUCUUCAGCCCUUGUACUAACAAGUCAGGAAGGAAUGAGGCUCCGCUAACCAUUUGUCCUGUUGCAAUGACAGAAUGAUAUAAGCCUGUAACUGAAGGAAAUCUCCAAUAAAUGCUUCCAUGUAUAUUGGACAAAGACUGAAACACAAAAACAUACCUCUUGAACAGAUUUGGUCACAACUGUAUUUCAUUCCUUCAUUGCAAUAGACUUGUGCCAUUUCAGGCUUGGAUGUGUCUGUGUAUAGCCCAGUAACAUUACUUUUAGGCUCAAAUGAACAGAAGCCAUUGUAUCUCUUCUAAUAUUAAGAAUCAUCAAGUUUGGUCCUCUUCAGUGGUGAAAAGUUCAUAUUUAUUAAUUAUUUAGUACUUCUAAGUAUUCAGACACAGCUCAAACGCAACAAAAUGCAAAAUAAACAGACUAGCAGCUUCUAGUUCAAAACACAGCCAUCAUUUCCAUGUUAGCAGCAUACUAUACAUGGUCAUAUAUAACAGAUGUAUUACAAGAAAUGCACUGAAAUCCAAGAUGGCGUCCAUUCAUAUAUUGAAGUUGCUCAUUCAAGACAUAUUCCAAAAUAUAUUUUCAGGCUUCACAUAUAGAGUGAAGUCCAUAGAGUGAGCAUACUAAAAUCCUUGUCUGGCUGAGCUUUGACUUCCUGUCGGCUUAUGUGAAUGGCAUUAAAAUAAUUUGCUGAUAUGUCUCAUCCAAAGUUCAAUUGUACUGGUCCUACUAGCUCAAAUUCUAAUAAUAGUUGCAACGCUUUUUGCCAGAUCAGAUCAGAUUAUUUAGCCAUAAUCUAUUAUUACUAUUAACUUCAAUGUCUCUGCCACUGAAACAAUCUAUUCAAGUGGUUUUAUGUACAGAAAUGCAAAAUUAAUUUAAAUACAGUCACUCCUCUGUUACAACUAUCCCAAUGUACAGGGGUCAUUGUAACAUAUGUAAAUUACAAUUAUUCAAUAAACACUAAAUGAAAAGAGUAUUUCUCAUUCACACUAAUGUAACUGUUGUUUUUUUUUCUUUAUUUGUUUUUUUCACACAGCAUGACACAGUUGAGAGCAUCACAAUUGUGGCAAGAUAUCAUUAGUUGAUGUUCAACAUGCUGAAUGCAAACACAUGUUUCAGACCAAGAGUAGUAAUUAACCUCUCUUGCAAUGUCAAGUGUUCUCGUAGUUUUGCAGACGUUUUGUUUACAAAGGUAGUCUAAGGUGAAAAUGCUUUUGGGCUACAGGGGAGUUACUGCUGAAGCAACGCAGUUGGCCACCGGGAUAAAUUUACAGCAAGGCCGAUUCAUCUUGACGUAUCUUGGUCUCUGAAUACACCCAUGGUUAACACGUAUGUUACUACUGUAUAAAAAUAUGUUUAUAACAUUGUAACAUUUAGCAUGUUAGCGUGAUCAAAGUUAACAUAAGCUAAGACCAAAGAUGUAUUCUGUUGCUGAACCAUGCCUUUGAGGAUGUCUUUAUUGAUUUUUUCACACAAUGAAAAAUAAAAGAAAGUGGAUGUGGUCUGUUCUAAAUCUACCCUCAGUGUGUUUAUGGACAAUGAGAUGAGAUGAAUUAUCAUAAAACUGUCAUGUAUUUAACUUAAACUAACUAAAAACUAUUAAAUCACUUCUUGUCUAUGUUA